GUAUGUAAGAUAAUAAUAAUAAUAAUGGAAAGCAAUUUUUGUAAUUAUUAUCCAGCUCACCUCAUUUAUUGUGAAAAAAUAGUGUUUAAUAGGCCCAAAUUUGGUAUUAAAAUGAAUAAUAGAGUUGAAAUUGUGCUAAAUUGGAUUCUGGCCCAAUGUUCAGCGGGCGAAAUGAGCUUUUAUCUAAAAGAGAAAAAAUAAAAAAUAAAAAGGACGCAGGGUUUGGUUUUAAAUGCGGUUGCAAUCGCGUAAGCGACGUCGUUACGACGUAAAAGGAAAACAGAUAAUAUGGCUACGGUGAGGAGGGAAAAAAAUUGUUUCAGGACGGAGAAACAGUGAAGUGAAGUGGGAACUGAGAAGGUGAGACUGAACUGAAGAGAACCAAAUGGAAUCAGGUAGUUGGGGAGAGAAAGUAUCAGAGAAGGUGAUUUCUUUAUACAACUCUCUUCAAAAGAAAGGAAAGCCUCAGGGACGCGAAGUUACUGUUUUGUCCUCUUUUCUCAUUUCCUCUCCUUCUCAAGAAUUAGAAGUUAUUUCGUUAGGAACGGGUACAAAAUGCCUUGGACGCUCGCAGUUAAGCCCGCGAGGCGACAUUGUUAAUGAUUCACAUGCUGAAAUUAUUGCUCGAAGAGCCUUAAUGAGGUUUUUCUAUUCUGAGAUUCGACGCCUCACUGAUACUUUCAAUAAGCAUGGAAGAGAACAGUUUCAAAGUGAUGAUGUCGGAAACUGCCUUUUCGAUUUAGAACAAGAUUGUUCAAGUCAAUUAAAAUUCAAGUUGAGAGCUGGUUGGCAACUGCAUUUGUACAUAUCGCAAUUGCCAUGUGGAGAUGCUUCUGUUAGUUCACCAUUAUUAUAUAUGAGAAACACCUUUGGGACAUUGCCCCAGGGAAAGCUUAAUAGCUCCAUGGAGGUUUUGGAGGAUUCAGAAGGAAACAAUGCUGAAGGUUCCGAAAUUGGUGGCUCGGUUCAGAGGAAGCCUGGUCGCGGUGAUGCAACAUUGUCGGUUAGCUGCUCUGACAAGAUUGCUCGUUGGAAUGUUCUUGGAGUUCAAGGAGCUCUGCUUUCCUAUCUUCUUCAACCUAUUUAUCUUUCCUCAAUUACUGUUGGACAAUCCCCUAACAGUUCUGAACAUUUUCAACUGGAGAGUUGCUUGCAACUAUCUUUAUGUGACAGGAUCUUACCAUUGUCGAAUAAAUUGAUUGCUCCCUUUCAAGUAAACAAGCCACUUUUUUGUUCAGCUCCUGUACCACCAAGGGAAUUUCAGCAUGCUGAUACUGCUUUAGCCAAUUUAACAUGCGGGUAUUCCAUAUGUUGGAAUAAGUCUGGCUUGCAUGAAGUUGUUCUUGGGACCACAGGUAGAAGACAAGGCACCUCUGCUAAAGGGGCACUUUCUCCAUCUACUCGGUCAUUUCUGUGCAAAAAGCAAGUAUUGGAGAUGUUCUUGAUACUAAGGGAGGAUAUGCAACAUGAAGACAGAGACAAGGAGAUUUCUUAUCGAGAACUCAAGAAUAGUGCCGAGGCAUAUAGUCAGACUUCAAAAACUUUUAAGAGAAGUCCGCCUUUUGACAAUUGGCCAUUGAAACCAAUGGAUUUGGAGGCCUUUUCCAUCUUGAGGUAGUAUUUGAUAUUCAACCAUGGGCGCUAUCAACAUACCUUGAUCAUGCUGCUUAACAAUUAGACUUGUACUUAGCAGCCUAAUUACUUUAAGUUAUGGAUGCUUUAUAGAAAUUAUGUCUUUAUCUAUUAAUACAACUCUUGUAGUCAGGCAAGAACUUAAUGGGAGUAGCUUUUACAGAUAA